CUUUGUAUUGUUUGUUCGUCUGGUACAAGAAGUAUGCGAGAAGGAGUAUAUGCGACUGUGUAGGUAGAUUCCAUGCAUAACCCAGGAUCAGUAUACUUGGACAACACAAGAUCAGCUGUCUAUGCAAGCUUAUAAAGUAAAGUCAUAUCACUUACAUAUUCAAGUUACGCUACUAACCAUUUGAAUCAAUUAAACUCCUGUCAUUUAAGUGGGCCAAGUUUCACAUACCAUCAAAAUGGCGGAGUUAAAAGUGGAUUACAAUCAUCUAGGAAGAACGGGUCUUCAAGUUUCGAAUCUGUGUCUGGGUACCAUGACAUUUGGACAAACCGCAACUGGAUUACCAGGACAGUGUGAUGAAGAAUUAUCACAUAAGAUAUUAAAUCGAUAUGUGGAAUGGGGAGGUAAUUUUAUAGAUACUGCUGAUGUCUACUCUGGAGGAUUAUCAGAAUCCAUUAUUGGUACUUGGCUUAAACAACAACAGAGGGAUAGAUUUAUUCUGGCGACAAAGGUAUUUGCUUGGAUACAAAAAGAUAAUAUAAAUCGUCAAGGAUUAACAAGGCGACAUAUUGUACAAAGUAUUGAGGAAAGUCUAGAAAGAUUACAAACAGAUUAUGUUGAUCUCUAUCAAACGCAUUGUUGGGAUAAUGCCACGCCCCUCCGGGAAACCCUAUUGACGUUUAACGACUUGAUACGUUGUGGUAAAAUACGUCAUGCUGGUUGUAGUAACGUUACAGGAUGGCAGUUACAACAAAUAGUUGAUUUAAACAGAGAACUUGAUCUUAAUCCAUUUAUUAGCCUUCAGCAACAAUACAGUCUGGCUACCAGAUAUGAUGAGUUCGAAUCUUUUAGUGUCUGUAAAUUAAAUGGUAUUGCCGUCCUACCAUGGAGUCCUUUAAAAGGCGGAGUACUAUCUGGUAAAUACAAGCGUGGACAAAGACCUGAGUCGGGAUCUGGAAGAAUUGGUUGGGCAGCACAAGAUGCCAAAAGAGGAAACCAAACUUGUCCAGGCUGGGAUAAACUAGAAGGAAGUGAGAAAAUAUGGAACACCAUUGGAAAGCUGGAGGAGAUCAGUAAAUCUAAAGGUAAAUCAGUUGCCCAGGUGGCAAUACGGUGGUUAUUACAGAAGGAUGUUGUAUCAUCUGUUUUAAUUGGUGCUACAACUCUUGAUCAGUUAAACAGCAAUAUGGAUGCUAGUUCCGGUUGGAAGUUAACCAAGGAGGAGAUGCAGCAAUUGAACAAAGUUUCUCAGCAGGAAAUACCGUACCCUUAUGAACAAAUAUGGCGAGUGAACAAAGACAAAAACAACAAAUUUCUGCCGAGUUAUUUCGUGGAAGACAUUGUAGAUUGAAAUGAAACAUAAUUUGUUGAAUUAAAAAACACUGUUUUCUGGUGA